UAGGGAUGCAACCCGCCCCUGCAUCAUCCGGACUCCACAUGCUGAAGUCAUCAUCAACAUCAACACUCGCGGCUUCUCCUCUUCACCAUCAUCAUCGUCGCGCCUGUUUCCAUAUCGUUAUAUUCGCUAAUCCACCGUAAUCAUAACCAGCAUCAGCCCUGACUCAUCAUCGGCAUCUAGCCAGAUUCAUCAGCCGCUGCAAAGGAGGCAUCAUCAUCACCACCAUCAUUCGCCGCUGACGCCGUCCUCGCUCCCGCGAUGGCAGCGGAUGACGGAGACGCGCUCUACGGACAACCGAACAAGCAUGACCCCAACUUCAGGGGACCCGUGGUGAAACGGAGCUGCACCGACAUCGUCUGCUGCAUACUCUUCUCUCUCUUCAUCCUGGGCUACGUCGCCGUGGGGAUCGUUGCAUGGGUGCAUGGAGACCCGCGCCAGGUCAUACAUCCCGUCGACAGCUACGGCCACUUCUGCGGACAGCCGGGCUCCCCCAACGCGGAGAAGCCGUACCUGUUUUACUUCGACAUACUGAAAUGCGCCAGCCCCGCCACCCUGCUCAACCUGCAGUGCCUCACCACACAGAUCUGUGUGAAGCGCUGCCCGGAGAAGUUUGACAGCCUCCUCGCCGCCGUCGCCACCCCCGGCGGCAUGAGCAGCUACGCCGAGUUCUGUGUGCCGGGCUUCACCGUGGGGCAGGCACUGAGCCCCGCUGACAUCCUGGCCAAAAGGCAGUGCCCGUCCAUCAUCUUCCCGAGCCAGCCCUUCCAGGGCCGCUGCUUCCCGCGCCUCGUGACGGAGCGCAGCGAGGUGAGCGUCGCCGGCAACCGCUCCAUCAACUACGGCAACGGACAGCUGCUCAACGCCACCGACAUCCAGAAGGGGGCCAAGGGGAUCUCUAAGUUCAUGGACGCGCGUCAGGUGGGCAUGAAAGUAUUUGAGGAUUUUGCGCGAUCCUGGUACUGGAUCCUCAUCGGUCUGGGCAUCGCGCUGCUGCUCAGUCUGCUCUUCCUCGUGCUGCUUCGCUUCCUGGCCGGAGUCAUCGUCUGGGUCAUGCUCGUCGCCCUCGUCGCCAUCGUCGGAUACGGCAUCUACCACUGCUACUGGGAGUACAGUGUGAACCUGAAGGGGAGACCUGGGGCGGAUAACAAGAUCACAGACCUCGGAUUCCAGACCGACCUGCGGGUCUACUUGCAAGUGCGGGACACCUGGCUGGCCAUCAUGAUCCUGCUGUGCAUCCUGGAGGUGGUGAUCCUGCUCCUGGUGGUGUUCCUCAGGAAGAGGAUCCUCAUCGCCAUAGCCCUCAUCAAGGAGAGCAGCAAGGCGAUUGGCCACAUGAUGUCGUCGCUCCUCUUCCCCAUCGUCACGUUCGUGCUGCUUGCCGUCGUCAUCAGCUACUGGGCCAUCACAUCUCUCUACCUGGCCACGUCGGGUGUGGCCGUGUACAAGGCGGUGGUGCCGGGGGGGCCCAACAGCAGCGGAGAAGCCUGCGCCUCCCUCAACGGGACCCACUGCUCCCCAGAGACGUUCAACAUCUCGGCCGCCUUCGCCGCUUGUCCCAGCGCCAGCUGCAUCUUCACCAGCUUCGGCGGAGAGGACCUCUACCACCGCAACAUCUUCAAUCUGCAGGUGUAUAAUGUAUUUGCGUUCUUCUGGGCCAUGAACUUCGUGAUCGCGCUGGGCCACUGCACCCUGGCGGGGGCCUUCGCCUCCUACUACUGGGCCCCCAGCAAGCCCGGAGACAUCCCCCCCUGCCCCGUCUUCUCCUCCUUCGGACGCACGCUGCGGUACCACACGGGUUCGCUGGCAUUCGGAUCGCUCAUCCUCGCCAUCGUCCAACUCAUCCGCGUCAUGCUGGAGUACAUCGACCACAAGCUCAGAGUGUCGGAGAACAAGUGCGCCCGGUUCGUGAUGUGCUGCCUCAAGUGCUGCUUCUGGUGUCUGGAGAAGUUCAUAAAGUUUCUUAACCGCAAUGCCUACAUCAUGGUCGCCAUCUAUGGGAAGAAUUUCUGCGUCUCGGCCAAGAACGCCUUCUUCCUGCUCAUGCGAAACAUCGUGCGAGUGGUGGUGCUAGACAAGGUGACAGAUUUUCUUCUGAUGAUGGGGAAGCUGCUGGUGGUUGGAGCAGUGGGCGUGCUGGCGUUCUUCUUCUUCUCCGGCCGCAUCUCCUUCAUCCCGACUCACCCGGUGCUCAACUACUACUGGGUGCCCAUCCUGACGGUGGUGGUGGGCUCCUACAUGGUAGCCCACGGCUUCUUCAGCGUCUACAGCAUGUGUGUGGACACGCUCUUCCUGUGCUUCUUGGAAGACCUGGAGAAGAACGAUGGCUCGGUGGAGAAGCCAUACUUCAUGUCCAAAGGGCUCAUGAAGAUCCUAAACAAAAAGAACAUUGUGGCCGAAUGAUGGGGGGGGGGGGGGGGUGCAGGGGGGUAUGGAGGGAGUUACCUCGAUUUUUGAUCCAGUCGGUCAACACUGGCGAAUCGACAGUGGCUAUCACGUGGACAUAUUAGCCCCGGCCAUGUUAGUGUGGAAUGUCGAGGUGAGCACCAGUAUCUCAAUGCUCAUUUGAACAAGAAACCACUUUGCCUACCUGCCCCCCCUCCACCUGCUGCCCCCACCCCAGGGCUAGGGUUAGAGCCGGGGUCAGGGUUGGGAUUAGGGUCACAGUGGUUCAAGAAUCAAUCGUCCGUUGCUGCAGUGUAUAUAAUGGAUUCUUAAAUCCAUCUGUGUAGAGCGUAAAGCGGCCGUGUUAUUGUAUUUGUGGGUUUUCUCUGGGUUCCCCGGUUUCUUCCAACGUGGAGCCAAACGCCCUUAGCGGAAAAACCUCGACUCGUUCGCCAAUAACACCGUGGCCUUAUAAGGAAAAUCUAUACGGGCGACGUUUCAGGCAAUGACCCUUCUUCAUAACCCAGGGAGGCCAUCGAGAUGGAUUGCAGUAUCACCAAGUAGUUUGUGUUGUAGUCGCCUUGUCCCACACAGGGAGGGGGGCUGCCAAUGGGGGUGUUGAGAUGGUGCGUGCUGCUGUGUAAUGCUCGUUGAGUUUGAGCUGGCGCUGUGCGGACGCUCCGGUUGUGACUGAUGAAUAUACCAAACACUCCCAGUGUAGCAGUAUCGCACUCGUCCUCCUUGAGACUCAACGAGGCUCUCCCGUGUAAGAGGGUGGAGGUCCGGAGUCGGGGGAGGAACCAAUGUUAUAAAAUCAGGUCUGGGGCGAGGGUUCAGGGUCGGGAGGUUGCCCUGCCUUCCCUCCCAAACCCAGAAGGAGCCCCCCCCCCUCUCCCUUCUGGAUGUGGUUGUCAUCGUUUUUGUGCCAGGGCCGUGUCUGUUUAUUAAUUUUCGAGCGUCGUGAUUGGGUUUGCGUGGAUGUAAAGUGUAUAGUGUCUCUGUACACACACGCAGACACACAUACACACACGUAUAUAUAUACACACAGACACACACGUAUGUAUAUACACACACAGACACACACGUAUAUAUACACACACACACAGACACACACGUAUAUAUACACACACACACAGACACACACGUAUAUAUACACACACACGGCCAGCCUGCGGAUAAUCUGCAUACAGUACUGGGUGUUUUAGGGUAAAACAAACUCAUUACACACACACAGGAAACACAUGACACACUCGCAUAUAUAUAUUUAUAAUACAGUUUUUGUUAGAUUGCGUAAAUAUAAAUGUGUCGUUCACCCACCACGACCCGACAGCCCAAUAGUGAGGUCUGUCACGUGAACAGAACGCGCCAAUUCGUGACCACUUCAGCACACCGCUUGUGUGUUGGAGAGUAAACCCACAACAUUUACAAUUCGAGUCCGAGGUUUCGCUGGUGAUUACAACCAGCUUCAUCGGUCGAUUUUGCCCGAAUUGUGCUGGGUUAACGACACUUGUAUUUACGUGAUCCAACCCAAAAAACAUGUAUUAUCAAUGAUAUUGGUCUCGAACCCCUCCGUGUUACAUUGGAGCUGUAUCUGACGUGUGCAUGGCGCUGUGCCCUUGCCACGUGCACCUCGGCGUCCUCGAGCGGUCGCCUUGUGAAUGCGCAGGGCGGCGAUCAUCUUAAACCUGGGGGCUUAAAGAUACUGCGCUGUAUUACAAUUGCAUUACUUGUGCUUUUAUUCAGUUCAUUCAUCCGUGUGCGUGUUUUUAUCGUCAGAGUAAGGUUGAACCGUUACAGUGCUUGGCUACUGAUGCAUGAUGGAGCGAGCGCUGUGUACCGUCACGCGUUGCCGCGAAUAAAUCUGUUGGGCAUUGACCUCAUUGA